AAAAAAGCGCUUGGAAGAGAUGCUGCGGCUUGUGUGCAUUGCCAUAUGGGUGGUGCAUGCCUAUGCCAAGCCGCACGGCCCGUCGGUCAUCCCGCCUGAGAAUCCAGGUGAGCCCCGUGACUUCAAAAAAGCACUCUUGAAUGGAUGGUGAUGCGUGCCGCUGUAGAUGACCCUGUUUAUCUGCAUCCGGGGCACUCGAAGUCUGUGCUGGUCAUCGGCGGCGGCCUUGCCGGCCUCUCGGCAGCACUCGAGCUGGCAGAGAGGGGUGUCCGUGUGGUCCUGAAGGAGGUCGAUGAAUACGUCGGCGGCCGCGUCAAAGCCAGGCGCACUAUCCCGAGGCAUCAUGGUGAUUCAGAUGAGCCGGGCUGGUUCAACGGGACGGUGUCGGUCGAGCAUGGCUUCCAUGCCUGGUUCAAGAACUAUUAUCAGAUGAAGGUGAGCGGAGCGCGAAAGCCAGCCGCGUGUCGUGUUUGAAUGGAUCCAUGCUCACUGCAGGACGUCCGUGACAGGUUAGGAGUGUCCCAUCUCUACCGGCCGUGGCCGGCUGUCCACUAUCGAUUCAGACACUACAAGCCUGAAGUCAUACACAGCGAGGUGCAAACACCAGAGGGCACGACGACGAGCGUUGUGAGUGCCUGUCAUUGUCUUUGUGUGUUUAUUGACGAAGGGCCCGUAUCCGCUCAAUCUGCUCCGCAUCGUUCGCGAGAGCCCCAACCUGUCGGUGCUCGAUGCCGUCAGGUCGCUUGGGAGCAUCAAGGAGCUGGCAUUCUUUGACUACACUACCGUCUUCAACAGGUGGGGACGGCAGAUAAAAUUGACGAGCCGCGCACUUGGUGUAUGUGUGGAUUUGUAUGCUGUGCAGGCUUGAUAAUGUGACAUUCGAGCAGUGGGCCAAGUCGGUGUCCAUUUUGAAGAGGUUCUACGACAUCAUCUUCGCCCCGUCCCUCAGUGUGACGCUGAACGAGCGCGGGACGCUGUCGGCGGCAGAGAUGCUCACAUACCAGCAGCUGUACUUCCUCUCUGACCCUCAUGCAAGCGACCGAGAGGUCAGCCACAAUCACGCACAGACAUAACCCGACUGCCCAUCAUUGCAGCUGCUGUGUCGGUCCUCUCUGUCUGCAGGUGGCCACAGCCGACUACGGGACUGCUCUACUCAAUCCUUGGGUUGACCGCCUGCGGUCCCUCGGCGCCCAGGUCAUCACCAAUGCGUCCGUCGAUGCUCUCGAUGUCACGCUUGACCAACACAGUGGCGAACUGCGCGCAGCUGGAAGCGUCGAUGUGGGUGGCGGCCACUAUGAUGGCGUGGUGAUUGCUGCUGACCUGAAGGCCGUGCAGAGGAUACUCAAGCGGACGGUCGAACACACGCAGAAGGAUACGGCAGCGAGCCAAGCAAGUGAGACUGACAUGAGUGCGCCGCAUCACCAGCCGACAAUCACGGAACCAAUGUGUGUGCCUUGUCUCCGUGACUCCAUUCAUUCAUUGUUCACUCAGUCCUCUCCCGUCUGUCAGCCCUGAGCGACCGCGUGAAUGCCCUCCCCAUCGCCCCCCCAUACAAAGUCAUCCGCGUGUGGCUCGACCAACCUCUCAAUGCCGACCGGCCCGACAUCAUGGAGACGCCUGACUGGUCGCCCGUCAACCUCGUGGCGCAGUACCACAUGCUGGAGGAUGACGCCAGUGAGUGGGCGAAGCGGACCGGCGGGGCUGUGGUGGAGUUCCACUGCUACACCUGGACACGGCCAGACACGAGAGAUGAGGAGGUGUGGGGGGUCAUCCGACCAACGGUCGUCAUGAUCCUCCCAGAAGUAGAAGAGCGGUCCAUCCGCGUUGUCGGCUACCACGUCGAGAGCCACCACAACUUCCCCUCUUUCAGCAGGGGCACCAACGCCGCCCGACCAAACUUCGAUACGCCCCUCCAGCAGGCAAACAUCACCAACCUCGCCUUUGCGGGCGACUGGCUGCGGCCCACAUACCCAUCUGCUCUGAUGGAGAGGGCAGUGUCGACCGGUCGUCAGGCGGCCAACCUGUUGCUGAAGCGAUUUGGUGUGCAGCAGGUGCCUUUGGUCGUGCCACCGACGAACGGGCCGGGGCUGCCGUUUGGUGCUGGUGUUGAUGGUGGUAACACGAAAGGGGAGAGGGGAGGUAGGGGUACUGGUGGUGACGAGGCGUUGAUUCAUGCUUAGUGGGGGCUGGAGCUCUCGGCGCUCAUUUGUGUGUGAAUCGAUGUGUAGUGUGAGAUUGCUUAUGUGUCUGUGUUGUCUCUUCCUUGUCCUCCUUGUACCUAUGUAUGGAUGUGUGUGUGCGUGCAUGGAUUGUUUUUCCUGCACCCACCCACUGGGGGAGGACAGCGGCCCAAGGCCGCCUAUGUGUGUGUGCGGCCGCCUAUGAGUGUGUGCAGUGUGGAUAGCUACAGCCGGACAUCAACACAUGUAUGUAUGUAUGUACGUCAUCAUUCAUGUGUAAAGUAAGGAAUAUGUCUCGUA